UUCCUCAAUGUUCUGAAUGAGUCAGGAAAGACCACACCUUACACAACCAGUUUUCUAUCAACACACCUCCAAGCAAUAGCAAGAUUUUGAAUAACUAAGAUUUGGACCACAGUCUGCAAAUUCGUCAGUGUGUUGCAUGGCAGGAAACUUUAGAGCUGACUGAAUUUUUCCUGGUCACACAAAGCUUCACGAUAAGAUGGCAGAAACUCCCCUAAAAGAAUGGAAGAGUGGUCUCUUUGACUGCUUUGAAGAUGUCAGUACUUGUUGCUAUGGCUUCUGGUGCUGCCCUUUCCUAACCUGCACUGUUUCAAGAAGAUUUGGAGAGCAGACUUGUCUGCCUGUAUGUGACAUGCUGACUUCUGCUACAGUUCUACUGUGUGGGGUUCCUGUGAUUAUCCCCCCUGUAACGUUGUCUUUGAGGGCUUCCAUUCGUAACAAACGUGGAUUAAAGGGUUCCCUCUGCAACGACAUUUUAAUUUCCUGUUGCUGUAUCUGGUGCUCCUGGUGUCAGAUGCAUCGUGAGCUAAAGGAGGGAACGCCUCUCGUUAUUGUGGCGCAGCAGCCCCAGACGCUGCAGCCCCCAACUGUGAUCAACGUGCAGGCUAAUCCUAUCAUGAUGGUUAAUCAAAACUCUGCUCCACCUCCUGGUGGUUUUCAAAACCCUGCUCAAGGCCCUGUUGGGUUUCAAAACUCUCCUCAAAAUCCUGGUGGGUUUCAAAAUCCUCCUCCAUAUCCUGGUGGGUUUCAAAAUCUUCCUUCAUAUCCUGGUGGGUUUCAAAAUCCUCUUUAAAAUCCUGGUGGGUUUCAAAAUCUUCCUCCAUAUCCUGGUGGGUUUCAAAAUCCUCUUUAAAAUCCUGGUGGGUUUCAAAAUCUUCCUCCAUAUCCUGGUGGGUUUCAAAAUCUUCCUCCACCUCCUGGUGGUUUUCAAAACCCUGCUCAAGGCCCUGUUGGGUUUCAAAACUCUCCUUAAAAUCCUGGUGGGUUUCAAAAUCUUCCUCCAUAUCCUGCUGGGUUUCAAAAUCUUCCUUCAUAUCCUGGUGGGUUUCAAAAUCUUCCUCCAAAUCCUGGUGGGUUUCAAAAUCCUCUUUAAAAUCCUGGUGGGUUUCAAAAUCCUCCUC